AUGGCCAACGAAAUGAGAGAUCUCUCCAAAUACAUUCUGUUUUUCAUCAAUUGCCUCACAUUCAUUUGCGGAAUGGUGCUCUUAUUCCUGGGGAUCUAUCUCCACACACAGUACUCGACCUACUACGAUUUUAUGGACAGUUCAUUCUACACAUUCGCUAUUUGGUGCUUGGUCAUGGGCAUCAUUGUUUGUCUGGUCUCAUUUCUGGGAUUGUAUGGUUCCAUACGAGAGGAUUACUGUGCCCUGUUGGCCUUUUCCGUGGCCUUGACCAUCGUGCUAUGUCUGGAAAUUGCCAUGGGUGUUGGUGCCUUCGCCAUGGCUCGUGAAGAUAAGUUGGUGCGUUCCAUAGCCCGAAAGAUGAAGAGCUCAAUGGACAACUAUGAUCCGGUCAAAAACCAAGGCGUCACUAAGGUUUGGGACAUUCUGCAAACGGAUUUCAAGUGCUGCGGAGUGGAAUUCCCGGGGGAUUGGGCCAUGACUCCGUGGAGUCGGAAGAAUCCACAAUCUGAUGAACUGCCCAAUUCGUGUUGUCAAGCCUUGCCUCUGAAGUCGCCAUAUUGUCGAGUCUCAUCCCCGGAAUUGUACAAGAUUGGCUGCAUCGUGGCCUUGGAGCAAAGUUCGACAAAAAAUGCAGGGGCCUUGGGAGCCGUGGCCUGUAUUCUUGGCAUAGGGCAGAUCCUCUUGGUGAUCGCGGCCAUCAAACUGAUGAAACAAGUUCAAAGACCCAAGGCUUGUCCUCCAUUCUAUUAAAGAUGAGGGGACGACUCACCAAAUGCCAUUGACGUCCACGUGCCACAGGAGUAUCCUUUGCAGUGCUUUCAAACUGAAUUUAACUCGCCUAGAAAUGAAUAAUAAAUGAGUGUCAUCA